GGGGGCUUCAGCAGAGCUGCACGUGUUGGUUGAGAAAGAGUUGGAGAGCAUCGGGCGCAGUACUUGGACAUCUCCAUCUCGUCGCGGUGGUGGCGACGCUGGCGCUCAGAUAUCGUUUUUCUCUUGGUCGGUGAAUGCUGGUUCUGAGAACGGAAGUUUCUUGAAGAGGGUUGCGCGGGAUUUGGUUGAUGCGCCCAACGUGAUGAUGACUGCUGUUUCUUGCAUGAUGCACCAGGGCCAUUUGAUCGCCAAGAAUUUGGUCGAAGUCCUUGAGACGUGGGAUUGGUUUGAAGAUGGCUGCGGUGUAACUGAAGAGGCGACUGGCUUGACAUGUUUUAGGGUUCAAUACUUUUCUGGCGCAUCUGCAUUCUCGAACUACUGGAGGGGAGUUGGCCACCACGAGCUGAUCCAGAAGGCUGUUCAGGCCGAGUACGAGCGCGAUGGCGGGCUCAGAGAGAUUCAGAUGAGGCUUUUAAAUAAGAUCCCUGGCAGGUGCUUGCGUGGGAGAUGGCUGUCUUUGGAGUCAGUCGAGGAAAUGCUAGUCCGUGCUGCAGCUUACUUGCCGAGAGUUUUCAAGGCCUUGGGCGUUCUCCCAUCCAACAGCAAGACAGCGAAGGCUUCUGGUCAAGGCGCGACAGAGGCAAACGAUUGGGCUGAGAAGCAACGGUCGUGGCGGCUGCACGUUGUGAACCUUGGCCUGAAUCCUCUGCGGGCGGCAACAAUGCGCAUCAGUUUGACCGCGAAGGGCCCGAUCGCGCACUUCUCGAGGUGGAUCGAGAAGGCGAACCGUGACUACAACGACAAUGUGCGCGAGCGCAGUGGCUACUUAGGGCCCACUCCGCUGUCUCAGUUAGUUUCCGAGGGCGGCGCCAACAUCAGGACCGACAUGAGCUUACUGUUUCGCUCGCCGCAUUCGUUCAAUGAGGUGUUCAUCGGGCUUCCUGACCGCAUCCGCAACCGAUGCAGGCUUCUAGUGGUGACAAUGGUGCUUGCAAGUCUUGCUUCUUGGGAUUUCAGAAUCGGCUGUAAACUUCAAUCGGUCCCUCUUCUGUUGCUUCGAAUGCUGGAGUCGGGCCCAGAUGCCAGGGAUGACAUGCGCGCGGCCGUGGCCACCGCGCUCUUGGGCAAGUCUGCAGAAGAGCUCAAGGCGAUCGAGGCGAGCGACGUGCAGUGGAAGAUCAGGGUGCUCUUCAGGGCGGAGCUCGAUAGUGUGGCAGAGCUUCGCGUGAAGAAAUCAGGCCGCACCAGCCCCGACGAGCGCGUGAUCUGGCAUAAAGCCGUUACGAAGCACAUGAACAUGCCAGACCACCUGAAUCGGUUUGCAGUCGUCAAUCGGGAUGUAACGCCUGAGCUUACAUUCGAGACGCACUAUGAGGACGUGCACUUGGCUGCUCGGGCGGCUCAGCCCCAGCCCGGCAUGGCCAGGCGGGUCGACGUGGACGUUGGUGCCGUGCGGUCUUUUGUGCGGGUGGCGGCUGCCAACGCUUGUGCUGGAUAUUUCGUGUGCUGGGCGUACUAUCGGAACCAGUAUGCGGCGGUCGCCUCGAUCGAGACUAUAGGCGGCGUCGGCGGCGCCACGUUUGCCACGUUGGGCGAAGAGGUAACUAUCGUUGACAUGAGGAAGUGCAUGUGUGACAUCUUGCGUCCGAAGCACAAUUGGGACACCCUGAAGAGGAUUGACAUCUACCGAACGCCAGUGAAGUGGCCCACUCUACACAGAGCAACGUUGGAUCUCACGAAGCAAGAAGGCGUUCGCACACAACGAACUCCAAGGAAGAAGUCACGUAAAGUUGCUGCUGGGCCAGAUGGCCCAGCGCCGAUUGGCGGGCUCGGGGGCGCCGACGGUUCGGACGACGACGACGACAUGUCCUUCGCCGAGUUCCUGGAGGUACUGAUUGAGGAGGACCGCGGCCAUGCCGAUGAUGACGCUGUGGCAGUCGAUGCUGAUCAUGCCGAUCGUGCCGCCGACGAUGCGCAUCCUGCAGACCGCGACGAGGAUGAGCUUGAGCGCCGCGACGACGUUGGUGGCGACGAUGGCAACUUGUGGGCUCUUGAAUUCGUUCAUGACGCAGCCGUCUUCAUUGAGGCCAUGCGGAGCACGAGCUACGACGAGCUCAAUGCGUCGGUCGCCCGUUGUUUGCCAGGUGGCGCGAUCUCGAUCAACGGCAUCAGCCUGAUCGAGUAUGACAGCACG